CGGCAAUUAGAAAUGGCGGUAAAAUUAUAAUAGCAUAUAAUGUAACAAUUCAUUUCUUUUGAAUUCUAUUGUUAAUAACAUUAUUUUGUAUUCUUUGUUGUUAGAAAAACAAUUCAACGAAUCAAAUUAUUAAACAGAACCUGAAGAUAUUUUUAAAUUUUAAAUUAGUUUUUCAUUAUAUUUUCUUUUAACUUUUUGAUGAGUUCAUGUUAAAAUUCGAGCUUUAAAACAAGUUGAUGUAGAUAUUUUUUUUGUGAAGUACUUUAUCAAUUAUAUUAACUAUGUCAAAAAACACAUUGUUCAAUUACUUUAGUAAGUCGCCUGGAACACCUAGUUCUAAGGUUAAAGAAUCACCUAAACGAGUUGAAACAAAAACUCCCAAGAGAUCAGCUCAAAGAGAAGUAGUGACUCCUAAAAAUGUUAAGGACAGUUCGAAAAAACCUAAAUUAAACAAGAGUAGUACAAAAAAAACUAUCGAAAAAAGAAGACAAAAACAUGAAGAAUCAGAUGAAGAUGAAGAUAUUCAAUUACCAAAAAAAAAAAAGCGAAGACUUGCUCUAGAAGAAAUCAGUGAUGAUGAAGAAGAUUCCGGAGAUGAAUAUAUACCAGAUAAAAAAGCUACAGUUGAAAGUGAAACGGAAUCUGAAGAUAGUGUGGAAGAAUCUGAUGAAGAUUCUUUUAUUAAUGAUGACAGUGAUGGUGAAUCUCCCAUGAAUAAGGUUUCAAAAUCUAAACCAAAAUCUAUUAAAUCAAACAGAAAAUUGAAUGGUAAGAAAUCAUUUGUUUCAAAUGUUGAAAAAUCAAACAAAGAGAUAAUCAAGGGAGUUGUAGAUCAUGAUAAUUGGCCUCAUUUAAAAUUGGAGUUUUUGAAAUCUGACAAAAUUAGAGAUGCUAAUCGAAAAUCACCAUCUGAACCUAAUUAUAAUCCUCGUACAUUAUUUGUACCAGAAGAUUUCAAACAAAAAUUAACUCCGGCUGUCCGUCAGUGGUGGGAACUUAAAUCACAACAUUAUGAUUGUAUACUUUUUUUUAAAGUUGGGAAAUUUUAUGAAAUGUAUCACAUGGAUGCAGUAACUGCUGCUAAAGAACUUAAUCUUUUGUAUAUGAAGGGUGAUUUUGCUCAUGUUGGAUUCCCAGAAAGUGCAUAUGGUCGAUUUUCUGCUAUUCUUGUAGAAAAAGGUUAUAAAGUAGCACGUAUUGAACAAACAGAAACACCUGAUAUGAUGUUAGAACGCUGUAAAACUUUAAAAAAAACAACUAAGUUUGAUAAAGUUGUUCGCCGUGAAAUUUGUCGAAUCACUACCAAAGGUACGAGAACUUUUGGUGUAAUUGAUGGUGAAACCAAUGAUCCAGAAAAUUCAUUUUUAAUUGCAUUAUCAGAAAAAGAAUUAAGUCCAUCUUCGUCCAUGUAUGGAGUAUGUUUUAUAGAUACCUCAAUUGGUCUUUUUUAUCUUGGGCAAUUUGAAGAUGAUUGCCACUGCUCAAGGCUAAGAACAUUAUGUGCACAUUAUCCUCCUGUGCAGAUUUUGUUUGAACGUAAUAAAUUAUCGCCACAUACUAAAAAAGUAAUAGAUACUAUGCUCUCAAGUGCUAUAAAAGAGGCUUUAAUUCCAGAAGUAGAAUUCUGGUCUUCAUCAAAAACAUUAGUAACAUUAACCGAAGGAGAUUAUUUUAAGAAAGAUAAUAAUACAGUAUAUCCUGAAAAAUUAAAGGAAUUCCUUGGAUGUGAUUCUGAUUUUCAGUUGAAUGCUAAUGAUGCUUGUGAUUUGGGAAUAAAAAGUUUAGGUGCAGUUAUUUGGUAUUUAAAACAAUGUAAAUUUGAUUAUCAACUUCUUACAAGAGGUCGAUUUGAAAUUUUUAAACCAGUUGACAUAGAAUGCAUCAAUAUAUACAAUCAUGAUGAUAUAAAAAUAAAACACAUGAUAUUAGAUGCCAUCACUUUAAAAAAUUUACAUAUUAUAGAAAACUCUAUUGGAUCUUGUGCUGGGACAUUAUUGAAUAAAUUGAAUCAUUGUUCUACUCCAUUUGGAAAAAGAUUACUGUAUCAGUGGUUAUGUAAUCCUUUAACAGAUAUUUCUAAUAUUAAAGCUAGACAAAAUGCCAUAUCAUCAUUAAUGAUCAUUCCAGAUUUAGUUCGGGAAAUUCGUAGUGAAUUAUCAACUUUGCCAGAUUUAGAACGAUUAUUUUCAAGAAUUUAUUCUCAGAGCUGUAAUGGUGUUGAAUCUGACCAUGCUGAAACUAGAGCUAUAUACUUUGAAGAAAAAAUAUAUUCUAAAAGAAAAAUUAUUGAUUUUAUUUCAAUAUUGAAAGGAUUUAGAACAAGCAUGAAAAUAAUGAAAAUUUUGCAAAGUGAAAAUAUUGAAAGUAAUGAUUCUGAAUGUAAUUUAUUGACAAAAAUUUGCAACCACCCAUCCAGUGUCCAUCCUGGAAUAUAUCCUAAUUUGACAGAAUUGUUGGAUAAUUUUGAAAAUUCAUUUGAUCACAAUGAAGCGAUGAAACAUGGCAGAAUUUUUCCUGAACCAGGAAUGGAUGAACAAUAUGAUGCAGUUCUAGAAAAAAUUCACAACCUAGAAGCUGAUUUAAAAUGCUAUUUAAAAGAACAAUGUAAACACUUUGGAUGUAAUGUUGUUUAUUUUGGAACUGAUAAAAAACGUUACCAAUUAGAAGUGCCAGAAGUUGCAUCAAAAAGAGCUGGUGAUGAAUAUGAACUUCAAAGUCAAAGGAAAGGAUUUAAAAGAUAUACUACUAAUUAUACUAAGAAAUUUCUUGAUCAAAUGAUUAGUUACGAAGAAGAAAAAAUUGAUGUGUUAAAAAAUCUAAGAGAACGUAUUUUUACUAGAUUCUGUGAUAAGUUUGAAGAUUGGAAUAAUGCUAUUCAAUGUUUAGCUACACUUGAUGUUUUUAUAUCAUUAGCAGAAUACUGUCGCUGCGAAGAGCAAACCAUGUGUAUUCCUAAAUUUUAUCCAGCUCUACUUAAUAAGAAACCAUUUGUUGAACUAAUUGAUGGACGCUAUCCUUGUGGUACUAGCGAAGAAAAUUUCAUUCCAAAUGAUAUAAUAAUUAGUAAAGAAAAUAAUAAUUUGUGGAAUUCGAGUCUAAUUUUAGUUACUGGCCCCAAUAUGGGAGGAAAAUCUACAUUAAUGAGACAACUUGGAAUUAUCACAAUAAUGGCUCAUAUGGGCUGUUAUGUACCAGCAAAACGUUUUGAACUUAAUCCAGUUGAUAGAAUUUUUACCAGAAUUGGUGCUAAUGAUAAUAUCAUUGCUGGUGAAUCAACAUUUUUUGUAGAAUUAUGUGAAACUUCUGCUAUUCUACAUCAUGCUAGUCGGUUUUCAUUAGUUCUUGUUGAUGAAUUAGGUAGAGGAACUUCGACCUAUGAUGGUACUGCAAUUGCCUCAGCUGUUGUCAAAGAGUUAGUACAAAAACAAUGCCGAACUCUUUUUUCUACACAUUACCAUUCAUUGGUAGAAGAUUUCAAAACAAAUCUACUUGUUGCCUUAGGACAUAUGGCAUGUAUGGUAGAAAAUGAUGAAACAAAUGAUACAGAUACUGACAAAGAUCUUGAGACCAUUACUUUCCUUUAUAAGUUUGCUAAUGGAGCAUGUCCUAAAUCAUAUGGAUUUAAUGCAGCACGUCUUGCAGGAAUGCCUUCAGAAAUAAUUAAACUUGGGCUGUGUAGAGCAAAAGAAUUUGAAACUGUUGCUAAACGUAGAAUUCUUUUUAAUACUUUAUUUUCAUCUGAUGAUCCAACUGCAGUAAAAAAUGCUAUUUUAGCAUUAUAAAAUUUUUAAUUAUUUAACAAUACACCAUUUAAAUAUUGUCUAAAAAAAAAUACUUCAAUAUUAAUGUAUAUGCAUUGUUAUUAUACUAUUUAUUUUUAAUUAUUAUCAAAUUGAUUUAUAUUCUUUGUUCACAUUUUUAUUAUUACUAUUACUUUAUUUGAAUAAAACAGAUCAGUUAACCUAA